AUGUCUACGGACAAGACCCCGACAGCAAAUGCUGUCACCGUGGCGUCCUCGUCCGGCGACGAGGAGGCUGUUGCGACCAGCCCAAAAUACGUGUGGUAUCGGGGCGUCUUCUUCAACGCGACAAUUGUUGGUAUCGCCGCGUUUGCCGCCCCCGGGUUAUGGAAUGCGAUGAACUCCGUUGGCGCUGGCGGGCAGCAGACGCCAUAUCUGGUAAUGGCGGGAAAUGCCAUCCUCUUCGCCGUCAUGACUUUUACAUGCCUAACAGGGAGUAUGAUGGCGAACCGCUUCGGCCUGCGCAACUCGCUCGUGGUCGGUACGGUCGGCUUCGUCAUCUACUCAGCUGCUCUGUACACGAAUAAUCGUUACGGUAACGAAUGGUUCAUAUACCUGGGCUCGGCCGCGUGCGGCCUCUCGGCCGGCAUCUUCUGGGCUACCGAAGGCGCCAUCAUGCUGAGCUACCCCGAGGCCGAGAAGCGGGGCCGGUACCUCGCAUACUGGCUGAGCUACCGAAACAGCGGCGCCAUUCUCGGGGGCAUUAUCAACCUCGCUUUUAACUACCAGGGGAGGGCCACCGGAAAGCUGGAUUGGAGGACCUAUAUCGUUUUCGUCGUACUUCAAUGCUUGGGACCGGCAGCUUCAUUCUUAUUGACGCCUCCGGAGAAGGUUGUGCGCAGGAACGGAACGCGCGUUCAGCUGAGCGAACGGAUAUCAGAUCUCGCUGAGCUAAAGGCGCUGACCCGAGUCUUGUUGCGAAAAGACUUCCUCUUCAUCGCCCCCUAUUUCAUCUACGUGACGUGGGAGCUCCCUUACAUCAGCGCAUAUCUAUCGCUAUACUUCUCGGUCCGCUCUCGCGCCCUCGCCUCGUUGGUCUCGGCGAUUGCUCAAGUCGUGACAACACUCGCCUUCGGCAUGUUCCUCGACUGGACCCGGGUCAGCCUCAACAAGCGUGCGCGGUACGGGUACAUCGCCAUGAUGACCCUCAUCGGAGGCUGCUGGGUGUGGGGCGCGGUGGUGCAGAACGAAUACACGCGUCACAAGCCGGCACUCGACUGGGAUGACGGCGAUUUCGGACGGGGUUGGGCGCUGUACAUCUUCUGGCAGAUCAACUUCUCUCUCACCUACAACUUCGGCUUCUGGCUCAUCAGCUUCCUAGCAAAAGAGCCUGGGGAGACGGCGCGGUACAUGUCCGUGGCCAGAGCAGCUGAAGCGGCCGGGCAAUGUAUCUCGAGCGGCAUCAGCUCGACCACGACACCGCUCAUAACUGCCCUAGGCAUUACCUUCGCUCUCUGGGGCAUUGCAAUCAUCCCCACGUAUCUAGUUGUUCGCCAGGUUGGCGUCAUCCACGUCGGCCCCGAGAGGUCAGCUCGCCCCAACGUCGGCCAAGACGACAAGCGAGGAGAGUCGGAGGAAUAG